AUGCCUGCCGUCGGGGGCCAGUGCCCCAGGUCCCCCAGCCUUGGCCUCCUUACCCGCCGCGCCGAGGUCCGCUCGCAGAGUCCAGCUGCCAGGCCGGCGGCGGAGCUCCGCAGGUUUCGGUUAGUGUUGCGCAGCUCGCGCAAGCGCACGACCCGUCGGCGCCCAGCUCGUUGUCAACUGCCGAGACGCCGAGGUUUAAACCAGAAGAGCCAAUCGCAGCGAGAGACUUCAAUUAUAUGUUACCAAUGUGGAAAAUACCAUCUUGGCUUUUGCUAUAAUGACUUGAGCUACUGCAGUCUGAAGUACCAGCAGUCCUGCGCUGUUGAGAACAUUUACAUACUUACACGCAAAGGGCGAAGUUUGUAUUAUUUUUCAAAACUGUCAUGUAUGACCAACUGUGAAGACAUCAACUUUUUGACCUUUAGCAAGAGGACAGAGAUCAUCUGCUGUAAGCAUAGUAACUAUUGCAACCUCCCUGAUGGAGCCUAAUUCUGUAUCUCUCCUGGAAUUAGGAUUAUUCUUCAACUCCUGCCCCAAGUCUUUUUUGCUUUUUUCCUUCAAACCAAUGGCAAGAGAGAGUCAUGAUGGUGAAGAUAGCCACCAGAAGAAGGAACCAUGGAGGUAGCUGAGUCUCACCAGUUGUGAACAUGAGACCGGAUUUUUGUAAACUGCAUGCCUUUGAUCCACUGAGGGCUGUUGUAUUGGACACACUCCUUGAAUCCUGAGUAUAAAAAACCUCAUCUGGGACUUCUGAAAAGUAUCCCAUCCCAUUGAGUCAUUUCUCCUUUGUCAUAUGACUUCCACUCAUCCCAUCUACUCUGCUUCCCAGUGGAUUCUGCAAGGUCUAUAAAUUGCACCUCCUGCGAUGAAUUUGUUGGCAAGAUCUGCAAAAAGAAUCUAGGUUCCUGCCAAUCCAGACAUCCUGACUUUGCAUGCCAGACCAAAGAAAUAUACACUCAACGUUACACUGGAGGUGAGGCGGCCACAAGGAGAGGGGGAGGGGUGGGUUGGAUGGCAUGACUUGACUUGGUGAAACACAUCUAGAGUCAGAAUUCUCUGGCCCUGCCAUCUCUGGCUUAAUUCAGCCCCUGGUCUAUUACAUUCUCCUUUCCUUCUCUUAAUUUAUGUAUGUAUUUAUUAUUUUUUUUAUUGCCACAAGGAUUAUUGUUGGGGCUCAGUGCUGGCACUAUAAAUCCACUGCUUCCUGUGCCCAUAUUUUUUCAACUAAGUAAUAUUUAUGUAUUUAUUUUUAUUAUUUUUUUAAGAUUUUAUUUAUUUAUUAAUGAGAAAUAGGAGGAGAGAGAAAGAGCCAGACAUCACUCUGGUACAUGUGCUUCCAGGGAUUGAACUCGGGACCUUAUGCUUGAGAGUCCAAUGCUAUAUCUACUGUGCCAUCUCCUGGGCCACAUGUAUUUAUUUUUAAACAGAUCACUGCUCAGGUCUGGCUUAUGGUGCUACAUGGGGAUUGAACCUGGGACCUAGGAGC